AUGAAUCAAGUCACUAUAUUUUCCUACAGGCAAUUUGUCGAGGUACCCUCUUCAAAGGUAGCAUGUGGGGAGGGGAGCUCACUUUGGGAAGUAUUCGGAGGAUUCCCCGAUGUUCUUGUGCUGGCCACUUUCGCUCAUGGCUUUGUGCACAAGGAGCAUUACGCUCAACAGCUCAUCAAGUUGGGCGAAACAGCCGAAUCUUUAGGCGAGCGUUUCGGCAUCCGUGCCUCCACUGAACAGUCAGUGGAGGAUGUGGUAGCAGCAGCAACGGAAAGGAUCCUAGCUGGUCCCAGCAUGCCCAACAUCGGAACCAUUAUGCUCAUUGCUGGGGCACUAAAGAGGGAGGUGGUCGUGCACAUGGAGGAUAGAACAAUUUCAGCACCACCGUGCACAUGUUUGGAAUACUUUGAAGGCGAGGAGGUGCAUGUGUACGUGGACAGAGGCGGAAGGGCCUACUAUCUGACGACAAAAACUGGUGAUGAAAAGACCCACAUCAUGAAGGAGGCGAACAGAUUUGAAACAGAAGAUCCUGACAGAAGAGUCAUACUUUAUAAAAGGCUUUUCGUAACAGCAACAGAACUCAGAGCUGUUAUGGCUAAUGAAUGGCUUGACGACCAUGUCGUCGACACCUGUCUUUGGUAA